AUGUCAUACAAAAGACUUUGUAGAGAACAUGCAAUUCUUGAGCGGUCUUUUGCAACACUCUGUCAGUCAUUGAGACAAUUGGUUGAUACUAACCAUACAAACCAUGAAAAUGAUAUCAAAGGUAUGAUUAGCAGCAAUGUUGGCGACGCCGCCAAUCACUGCAACAGUCAACGACCCAAACAACAAAAGAUAUGUAAUAAACAACAACUCAAUGAACUCAACAGACAGAUUCAAUUAUUGACACUUGAGUUACAAGAAUCAAAUGAUCAAAACGAGUUGCUUGAGUUCAAGUUACAUGAGUUUCAAGUCAAUGAGGAAAUAACAUGUAAUAAGUGCUUUGAACUUGAAAUACAACUUUUGGAUGUCAACAAUGAAAACCAGAAGUUAAAAGAAAUACUGAAUGUAUCAGAAAAAACAUUAAAUGAAUUAAUAGUCAAAUAUGCGAUUAAGGAAGAACUCAACAAUUUAUUACUUAAUAACAAUUUUAAUCAAAAUAAUGUUUUACACCAAAAUACUUAUAAUACAUCUGCAAUGACCAGUGAAGAUGAAGGUCUUGGAGAUGACACUCGAAGAGAUCACUCAUCGGGUCCAAGCAGUUUGACUGAUCUACAAGAAAGGGAAGAUGAUAUGAUUAGUCAAAAGUUUAGCGAUACAAGUCUUGAAUUUGGUCACAUAGUUAUUGAAGAUAACAAAAAUAUAGAUAUACCAAAUGAUAAUUGUGCCGAAAGUGAUCAACUAUGCCAUAAACAAUCACAACAUCAAAUGCCAUUGCUUUUCCAAGACGACCACAAAUUGAGAUCAGAUAAUAAUAAUACAAAUGAUUUAAUUGACAAAUUAAAGCAAACCAUUGAUGAAUUAAAAUUAGAAAAGACUAAUUUAGAAGAACAGGUUCUCGAACUCGAAGAAGCAGAGAAUGACUCGAGACUUCUUAGUCAACGAUUGCGACAACAAAUGGACUCUUUUAAGAAUAAAGAUAAAAGGGUUGAACAGUAUGUUUCAGCCGAUGAUAACCUCUUUGGUAUACUUUGGCAGAAAUUAUACCGUUUGGAAGCUCAGGUCGAUUGUCUAAAAGAAUAUACUGUUAACCUAACAACUCAUACAAAUGACUCUAAUGAUAGCGACGAUGGCUUACAGUUGUUUAUUUCGGAUGAAAAACUAUCGGAAGGUGUUUCAAAAAUAGGCAGUUCCUUCCAAGUGAGUCAUUUUGAUGACAAUCAACUGCAAACAAAUGGUAAUCACUGGGAUGUCAGACUCGAUAAUCUCAUCGAAUCAAUGCCUUUGUGUGAAACGGUUAAACCGGAGCGCAUUGAUGUCAGUUUGUCGACUACUGGUAAUCUUAAAAUGAAAUAUUCUUCAGCUCAUCACUUGACCCCUGAAAUUAAGAACGAAAUAUUGAAAUUAGAAACAAAUGAACACCAAUUGCGAGAAAGAUUAGUUCAGUUGGAGUGGAUUAACAAAGAAUUUGUUAGCGAACUAGAAUUGAGAGAAAAGAUAUUCUUCGAGAGAGAAAACAUUCAAAAAGAUUGGAUGAACUGUGAAAAACAAUUCAUACAAUCAAUAAGUGAAUUGAAGAGUGAAAUCAAAUCCCUUGAAUUUCAAGACAUUGAAAUGAAAGCUUUAAGACAAUCAUUAGAUGAAAAAAUUUCGAUGAUUUUUUUAAAGAGAUGUAUUGAAAAACUAGAAACUCAAGAAUAUGACUUAAAAAGUCAAUUAAAUUUAUUUAACUGUGAAGACAAUGUACAACAUAAUAGUGUCAUAGAUUUAAAGGAUAAAUACGAUAUAAUUAAUAAAGAAUUGGAUACAGAAAGAGAUUGUCUCUCAAAAAUUAACGAAGACUUCUCUAUGAAAACAAUAUCUUUAUUUAAUUGCCAUAAUUAUUAUGAAACACUACUUAAACAACAAUUGCAAGAACUAGAAGUUCAACAAAAAAAUGUUAUUAAAAAAUUGACUGAUAUUUGCCACAAAAAGAUACUUCUUGUAAAUUCAUUAAAAGACGAGCAAAAUGAAUGCUUAAAAGCCCGUCAAAGAUAUGAGGAACAACUGGAUGUACUUCUAGAAGAACAUAAAGUUGUGGAAAAAGAGUUGAGACUAAAGAUGCAACAAAUGGAGACACAGACGGUGUCAACUGUCAAUCAAUUGGAAAAUGAAAGAAAUGAUAUAUUAAAACAAUUGGACCAAAGUUUGAAUCAAAUUAAAAGUAAAGAAUUUGAAUUUAUUGCAAAUAUUGAAGAACUUAAUACAAAAGUAGACGAUUUAGAGAAUAAAAUAUUAGAUUUAAUGAAUAAUAAAAGGGAUUUAAAAGAACUAGAAAUUGAAAAAAUGAAAUUAAAGUCUGAAAUUACUUCGAUUCAAAUGAAUGAAGAAGAAUUGAAAAGACAAUUGAAUGAAAUGAUGCGAAAAGAGUCGGCAUAUUCAGAGACACUGACAAAAGCAGACAAUAUUAUUGCUACUCUUGAACUUAAUUACAAACAACGGAUACAUCAAUUGGAGUCUUCAGAAACAAAGUAUAAGAUUAAAGCCUUACAACUGGAAGAAAGUGAGUCACGCUUGAGAUCAGCUCUUAAACCUGACCGACGAACUACUGAUUCCUAUGGAAAGGCCAGUGAUCUCGUCAAACAACUUAUUGAUUGUGAGGCUCGAGAGUCCUCUUUGAAAUUACAAAUCAAAUCACUUGAACUAUCAAUCAAUCAAUUGCAACACCAAUUAGAUGAGUCAAACAAUUGCAAAAAUGCCAUCGAAAAGGAACUGAAAGAUCAGGAUCAACUGGUCCAACAAAUCAAUCAUCUACUUCAACAAACUGAUCAACUCAAACAUCAACUCAACAAUUCACUACAAUCUCAACAAUCACUACAAGACUUGCUUAAAGAUAAAGAAAUAAUAAUCACUGACAAUGUCUCUAAUGACUGGUUAGAGAAAAGCCAAACAAAUUUGUCUAAAACUGGUUCUCAUUCUUCACAAAGAUAUACAACUGAUUCAAAUGAAAGCAUAGAAAAAAUUCUUGUAAAUGAAGAUAUUUUGAAAAAUAUAGAAAAUUGCAAUACAAAUGAAGUACUCGUCAAAUGUUUUAAUUUAGACAAAUCAGUCACUAUUAUAGUUAAAAGUUUGACAAAUUGUCAACAAUCAUGUGAUGAAAAAUUAGUUGAAAAUGAGGUCAAAUAUAUCACUAAAGAGAUCGGAUUUAGUGAUGAUUUAAGUGAUUGUGAUUCAGAUAUCAUUGAAACGACUCAUCUUUGA